AUGUCUUGCGAAGCGACGGUUCGACAGCAUCCCUCACAUUUUAUCGGCAAUUCGGUUAAUGCGAUGUUUCGAUCGAAUAAGCAAACACGACGCCGCAUUUUACGCGGACGGAAGGUUCUCGGGAUUGAACAGAUAGAAGCUGAAAUUGGAGUCAGCAGUGAAUCGAGCAGUAUGUCCGAAUUGAACUCAGAAUCGAGUAGAUGCAAAGUUGAUGAUCGACGACAAAUGAUGCAUGAAUUGGCAGUUAUUCGAGAGAGACAACGACUCGUUAGUGUUCAUGCGAACUUUAUGUUUAUACGUUGA